AAGAAGAAGGAACACAAUUAGAAAAAGCAGAGGACCUCCCUCCUUCUCAUCCUGCAAGUCCUGCGAGAGUCAGCAGCCCAGAAGUACUAUCUAAGGUGCCACAGUAAAUCUUGACCUUUUAAACAGAAUAUCUCUUACCAUCAUCAUGGCCGAGAUAACAGCAGAAGGACACAUGUCAACAACCACGACGAUAAUAGAUGGUAAGAACGGCUCCGUUCCCUCGUCAUCCAUGAGAGUGGGCAAGAAGUCAGUGACAGAAGACUUUGUGAACACCUUCAGCUCUCCAGCAGCAUGGCUUCUUGUUGUUGCUCUGAUUGUAACCUGGUCAGCAGUGGCUAUUGUAAUGUUUGACUUGGUGGAUUACAAAGACUUAGCAGGAAGAUCUGUUCACAAGCUCAGCACAGAACCACUGAGAAUCAUUCAUGAGACACUGGAAGAGUCUUCUGAUUGGAUUUAUGGCUUUUUUUCUUUACUGUCUGACAUCGUAUGGAGUGAUGAUGAUGACAGUGAUGAAGGUGAAGUGGAACCUUCCCUGAAAAAAGAAAUUCAAAAACAGAAAACUGAGAGACCUGAAAAACGAACACCAGCAAAGGCAACACAGAGAGACAAACCUGAAAAACAAGAAAAAACUGAGAGGAAGGAGCCCCCAAAGGUGACAAGUAAAGACAAACUGGAAAGACAAGAAAAACCUGAAAAAAAGGAAAGGCAUGCAGCUGUUCACAAAGAGAAACCUGAAAAGCCAGAAAAACAAGAAAAGAAAGCACCGUCUAAAGUAACUCAAAAAGAUGCACCUGAAAGACAUGAAAAAACUGAAAAGAAACCUCCUCCCAAAGAGGAGAAGAAAGUAAAGAGCACUAAAGUGGAAGCAAAAGUCAAAAAGGAAGUGAAGGAUGGAAAAGGAGAAGCAAAGACGGCAGAGAAGGUCAAGCAGGCAGAGACAAAAACAACAGAAACUGGGCUAAUAAAGGCCAAAACGAAAGUUAAGGAGGAGAAAGCUCUUCAGACUGUAACUAAAUCGGACAAGAAAGAUCAAUAUGCAUUCUGUCGCUAUGUGAUUGACAUGUUUGCACAAGGGGAUUUUUAUCCAGGUGCAGCACAUAAGGAAUUUGCACCACCUCGUCUUCUUCUAGAACACAGUCCAAGAAAGAAACCAGCAGCUAUUGAAGAAGAAAAGUCUGUUGUGGUACCUAGAGAAGUGAAAAAGAGAAAAGAGGAGAAGAAAAAGAGUGAUGAAAAGAAGACUAUGACUGAAACUAAGGUGAAAGGUUAA